AUGAAGACUCGCAUUGCAGAAAGAAGUGCUAUACAAGGUUUUGCUAGGUCCAGACUGCCAAAACUUUCGGAAGAGGAAAUUGAUUAUAUACGUGGCAGUUCUGACGUGUUCGGUUUAAAUCAUUAUUCUACUUUCUAUGCAAGCAGAAAUCAAUCUGUUUAUACAAAUUAUGAAUCUCCAUCAUUUUUUGAUGAUAUGGCAGCAUACACGUUUCAGCCACCUGAAUGGAGGCUGAACCCAGAUGCUGGUGUUGCGACUGUUCCUUGGGGUUUCUACAAAUUGCUGCAAUUCAUCAAGAGAGAAUACAAUAAUCCUCCCGUUUUCAUAACUGAGAACGGUUUUGGCAACAAUGGUGGUUUAAAAGAUAACGAUCGAGUUACACACUUGAAGAGUUAUUUAUGUGCUCUUCUGAAAGCUAUUAACCAUGGUUCUGAUAUUAUUGGAUAUUCUGUUUGGAGUCUCCUGGAUUCCUUCGAAUGGAUGUGUGGAUACAAGUGUAAAUUUGGUCUUUAUCAAGUGGAUUAUAGUUCCGAAAAUCGCACCCGAACUCCACGGCUGUCAGCCUACUUUUACCAGCAGUUAAUACGCACUGGGAGACUGGAUCCAAACUUUGAACCUGAUCUGAGUGUUCCUAUGACGUCUGAUUUUGGAUAUUAA